AUGUCGUUAAAAAUAACGGCGCCAGUAGCGGCCAACAACGUAUCCGUCGUGUCUCUGCCAGCCGUAUAUCCUUUAGUCAACGUACUCCUACCUCUUUUGAACAACGUAUACAACCUCCUUCUGUCCCUCCUGUCAAUAUUCGACACACUACCGCCAUCUAUCACCUGCAUGAUCCCAGUAGACUUGGGCGCUCUUGAAACGUCAUUGUUGAAGCUGUACUCGCAAGCGCUAGCGAUUGUGAACUUUUUGAGAACGUUGCCUGAGUAUGGCGUUGGCGCUAACCCUUCGUCUCCUCCUGCCAAUGUUGCCAACAUGCAAGGAUUGCUUACUACCCUCAUUUCUUCAGUGUCAGACCUGGCAGACGAGGUGCUUAUUGGCAUCGGCGGUGGUCUUCUACCAGGCCUUCUACAGUUGGUUGUCAUGGUCGUACAGACCCUGCUUACCUUGCUUCUUUAG